AUGAGUAAUCUUACAAUAACUCACAGCAAUAUGUUAAAAAGUUCAGUUGCAAAAAAUGCACAGAUUACUGUCUGUACUGAGAAUAAUGAAAAUUCUGCAAAUACCAAUCAAAUAUCCCCAAGUUCUAGUUCUUAUAGCCGUACUGGGUAUAACACUCUCCCAGUUAAUACACACAAAUGUCAGUCAAAUGUUCAGCAGUUUUGUGGAGCUUUAAUGAAUAAAUCAGAUGAAUACAGUUCAAUGUAUACGCUUUCUGAAGACAAAUAUACGUUUGAGACAAUGUCCAGUUCACUGGAUAAAACACGAUCAACAAAUGAUUGCAUGACAGAAUCACAAAAUGGUUAUGAUUUAUCGACGCUGUCUAAUUUUUCUACAGAUGUGAGUCAAAUGCAGUCAUUAAUUCAACGUCAGACUGAAACUGUUGAGCGCUUAAAACAGCUAAACAUGGAUUUGUUGAAAUUAUUACACGAGGAAUGGUCGAUUACCGGAACUGUACCACCUGGUUAUGAAUCCUUAUGCAGUGAACUUGGUAUUUGCAAUAAACCCUUGAAAAACACAUCAUAUCCUUUAUCACAUCUAUUAGUACACAAAGUCAGUACGGUAAGCACGAAAGCAGAAUAUUAUGAAUAUCUAGAAAACAAAAGAAAAUUCUCACCGUUGAUAAAUAUGAUGUCUACAAGGAGAUCAUCAAUACGUUCACGGCCAAGUAAAAUUCAAACAGUAAUCGGUGACUGCUUACUGUCAAAUGAGGAAGUUACUGGAAAUUACCACAGUAAAGCUAGACGUUUAGUGCAAGCAUUUGGACGCAGUAUUAGUACAGAAUUAUUUCCAAAUAAACAGUUAAACAAUUUAAUUGGUUCCCUUGAUACUUGUUCUAAUUUGAAUUCAUCUACACAUGAUUAUAAUACAGUUAGCUUUCCGUUAAAUAAACGUCAAUAUUGUAAAGAUACAAAAAUUGAGAAUUCAUUGACUCCGUUAGAAUGUUAUCGUGUGAAGCAUAUGACUAUGAGUACAUCAAUAUCUGAUUAUAGUUCAUUUCUGUCAACUGACUAUUCACCAACAGCAGUUUCAUUAAGUCGUGAUUACCAGUCACUGAAGAAUGCGAAAAAUAAAAAUGAAGCACGUGUUAUAUUAUCGGAUUUAUCGAGUAAUUCAUCAACAAAUAUUAACGCUAAUCUUUAUAAUGAUAACGAAAAUAUUCAUAACACAAAUUACGCCAGUGACAGUGAUGAUGAUAUUACCAAUUGCAACAUGAAGUUCAAUUAUUCAAUAAAUAAGGAAAUCGUUGAAAGUGAAGGACAGCAUUUACAGUUCAACUUUCAAUCAUCAAAUGAUUCGCAUGAAAAUGUUGAAGAUAUCAGACGCGCUACCUACGAAAUUGAAUUAAAACGCCUUGAAGUUGAUUUUGCUGUUAUCUCCCAAUUAUACUCCGUACAUAAACAAAGAGCAAAGGAGACAAAAUGUGAAUCUUACAAAAUUGCUUACAAAUCCAAUUCUAAAAAGCUAAAGGAUAUAACUCAGCAGAUAAAUCACAUCAAAACUGUAUUGUUAUCAAAUGAUGAGAAAAGCGAAAAUCAAACAACUACCUCCUCAGCUCAGAAACUGAUACAAAAGCAAGCAUUCAGACGUCGAAAAACAUGGAACCCUUUGAAAUUGAGCACUUCUAAUUGGACAGGUAAUGAAAUUACAUCACACAGGCUAUCAAAACAUGAAACAAAUUGCCAUGGUUAUUCUUCACCAGUGAUACGAAAUACUGAUAACAAAGUUUCCAAUAUACCUACAAAACCUGGUCCAGACUGUUUUACAGGACAAAAAACAACUACAGUUAUCAGAAGGAGAUUACAGAACAUUCCUGCGCGUCACACAUUUAUCCGACCGAUAAGUGGUUAUCAUUCAUUGCGAAGAUCCCUGGACUGUCGUAAAGAUUUAUCUCAAAAGUUAGAGUGCAGAUUUCCUGAAUCUAGUAAGUGUUUCUUGACAAGGGAUACACUCCCUACAGAUCCAGAAUCCAAUCCCCCGAAUCCAUUCAACAAAACGCCAUCAAAAAAGGAUGCAAGUUGUGAAAAAGGAAUCACAGCUAUUCCGUUUGAAAGAAGUACUGACAUUAGUUCAUAUGAAAGCAAUUAUCUUCAUUCAGUGAAUUCAGCAACAGUAGACCCCUUGAAGCGUACUUCUCUUGAUGGAACAGAAGCAUCAGCAGCUAAGAUUCCUGAUGCUGUUCGCAUAGUUACUCGAGAUAGAGAAGGAAAAUAUACUGUUAAUACUCAUAAACGAUGUCAAUCACUAUCAUCAGAAUUAUUCAUUCUUUCUGUUGACGACACAUUCAGUCUACCUCGUGGUUUACUGAACAAAAUUGCGCGAGUUCGCUCUCUCCCCCAUUUCAAUUCUGAAAGAGUUUUUUCUAGUAACUGCUUACCUGGUCAAAAUAAAAUGAAAAAAUGUGCAGUAUCUGAAAGCUAUUCUGUUGACGGAAAGCUGAAAAAUCUCAAGAUAAAGCCAACAAGUGUGACCAUACAGUCAUCUGGUAUUGGUCUAAACAACUCCUCUGCAUCUGUACCAUACACUGAUAGCUUAAGAAUGUCUAAUCCUGACUGUCUUAAGUGUGUGCCAAAGAAAACUACUUCAUCUAAUACUUCCUCAUCUAACUGGUCUACAUCUGGGUGUUCGUGUUUAUCUUCCCAAACAACCAAUUCAUCACCAUACGAAGAGGUGGUCUCUACACCAAAUGCAAGUUUUAAUGGAAAAGAAAAUCAAGCCACAUAUCGUCAGUUCGAUGAAGUCAGUCUAACUUUCUUGGAUGAAUAUACUGAUACACCCUCAGCGCACAAUUCAGAGAAAACUUCAAAAAUUAAAGUUUCAUUACGAAGUACAAACAAAAGAGGGCGAAGACCACCUAUCCCUCUUAUGGAAGUUACUAAUACACAACCUUUUGGGGUAUCGGUUUCUGCUAGGUGUAUCUGUAGUUGUUUAUCAGAAAAUGGACCAGCUGAAUUAUCAGUCUGCCAGUGCUUGCAUUCUGAAAACUUAAUUGUAAACAAUCUUCCGUUGUACACAGGUACAGAAUUACCUGAAUCAUGUUCUCAUAGCAAAAAUGACCGAGUAUUUCUGCAAUCAUCUGUCUAUUAUAGUAAUGCAACUCAAUCAGUAAACCUUGCAAGUGAUGAAAGACUUCAUCCUCAAACAAUUUCAAAUUGCUAUCUUUCACCGAAUCCGAACAGUCACGAGAAAUACCAGAGAAAUGACAGCCAAUUAUCUUUCCGAACUCCUACUUAUGCCGAUUCUGUUCAGUCUACAAAAUUAUCUACUUUGAAGCGCUCAAACAGUGGCUUGAAGGGAAGAUUAAGUCUAAAGCCACUUUCUCUGAUCAGACGUGCAGUUUCAAAAGUCGCAACACAUUCUAUACGCCGUUCGCUUAACCCAGAUUCAUCGUUCAUUGUACACCAGAAAACAAAACAUACUGUAGAACCAACAAUACUUCCUUCUCUAAUUACAGAAAGGCAAAUAGACAUGAAAUCAACUAAAAGAAUUAAUGAAACCAUGAGUAGAUGUAGAAAAACUAAAGAUUCAGUUAAUGUUGCCCAGGAUUCUUGUAGUUCAUCCUCGCAUUCAAUUUUCGAUCUUAAUAAUAAUGCAAAUAUAAGUCGUUUUACAUGGGCGAGAAAACUUCGAUAUUCAAUCCGUCCAUCAAAUUCUAUUCACACUAAAUGUACAAAUUAA